UUAAUUUGUUAUGACAGUAGGCGUUUUUGAUAGCUAAGCUACAAAGAGAAAAAAUAAUAUAAAAUAUCUUUCUUGCAAUUUCUUUGAAAUUUACAAUAAAUUCAAAUCAAUAAACCCUAUUCAUCUAUUCAGUCUUGGCAGAAAGUACUUAAAUUCCCUUUCGAAAAGUCAAUUCUUAUCCAUCAAACAAAACAAGUUUGCUGUUCCUGUUUAAAGUGUGUGAAACAUGGCUGAAGAAUCAGAAACUCAAUCAGCAGCCACUCCCAUCAAUGGCAACACACCCACUCGUCCCAUCAAAAGUAAUUCCACUCCGGUAAUCUUGCCAUCGCCAAAUGCCACAGAUCCGAAACGACGUUUUGUGUGUCCAAUCGAGGGUUGCUCGAAAUCCUAUGGCAAGAGUUCCCACAUUCGUGCCCACAUGACAUGGCAUUCAGGAGAGAAGCCCUUUAUAUGUGAUCAACCGACUUGCAUGAAAGCCUUCACUCGAUCCGACGAACUGGCGCGUCACUACCGCACCCACACCGGGGAGAGACCGUACGAGUGUGCUCAAUGCGAGAAGAGGUUCACCCGCAGCGACCACCUUACCAAGCACCUGCGGGUCCAUUUCAAAGAAACCAAAAUGGACAUAACACCUUUGCUGGAGGUGUCCUUAGGGGAGGGUUCCGAUACCGGUUCUAAUGACGCCAACGAUGUUAAACCCGAUGUCAAUUCAUUAGAUUUGCUGCUCGCAGUAAAGACGGAGCUGCAUGUGAAUGAAGAAACCGAUGCCGAGGACUUUCGUGUUAAAUAUGAAAAUGAUCAGUUAUCAGAGAUAAAAAUAGAACCCGAAAUGAUUUGCGAAACUUCUUUACCUGCUUCUAACUCACAUCAUGAGCCAACUUUGAAAUCAAAAAAAGUUAUUCACGAACGCAUCAUUUUAGUCGAACCUAAACCCCGGGAGAGACGCUACAAUUGCACCUCAGAAGGAUGUGGCAAAGCUUUUAAGCGGCAAGAUGAGCUCAAGCGACACAGCCGUAUUCAUUCUGGCGUGAAGCCCUUCGAAUGCAAUCAAUGUGAGAAGAGGUUCCUCAGAAAAGACCAUCUGAAUAAGCACAUCAAAACUCAUUCCCGCAUCCCAGUUAUCAAGGCUGCAAGCUAACCUUGAAUGUGCAAAGGUCUUUAGAAUAAUUUGUACACUUAAAAUUUAUUAUGUAUAUUAUUAUUAGUUUAUAAUGUUUGAAAUCAAAACAGAGAUCCAUCACUUGGAUCAGUGCAUUCUCUAGGUGUUUUUAAUGAUGAAAAUCUAGUCUUGAAUUUGUAAAUUGAAGCGUUCAAGUUUUAUAUCACUACAGAAAUGGGUUGAAAUCCGACCAAGGCAUAGCAGAAAAGCACCAGACUGUGAAAACUGCAGAAUAAAAAACCACUAUAGAAAUGAGCUUCAUGCUUUAUACGUUUGAAGUCCUUUAUUCGAAUGAAAUUCUAGGUUCAAAGCCACUCAUAAGGUAUUGGUUCCAUCGGAUAAGCAAAAUGAAGCAUCAAUGUGCGUUAUUUAAUUGAAAACUACUUAAACUGGAUGCUGCGUGAGCGACUAAUCCACAGCGAUAAGUCAAUCAGCAGUGCUUUUUUGAUUUAUCGCUUACUGUACAAUUUUUGUCGCUAAGGAUAAUUUGGCGGAUAGAGCUUAACAUAUUGUGUUUGUUAAAUAACUCACCUGUUUAACAGUUAAAGAAUUGAAGCUUUUGUAAACGUCAGUUACUCAUUGUCCAUUACUUUCUCAUGUAACUCUGCUUUUCGCUCAUGGAAAAAUUAACCUAACAAGAAACGUUUCAUUAAGCACACCUAAUUCUGACUGUCCUCUUUACAUAAAAACAAAUUAAAUAAAUACCUCGUAAGCAAAAUAUUGUAAUAUUUAAAUUUUAAAACAGAUUUAUGUAUGUAUCUAUUUUCGGGAUUUAUUAUAUAUAGGUAGUGUUAUGUAACAUCACAAGUUUCGAAUAAUAAAUCUUUUUAAAAGGAAA